AACCACAAAGGUUGUUCUCGCAAAUAACAUAAAGCAUAAGGAUCCAAGUGCAAUUUUUCUUACAGUCGUCCAGAAAUCUUCCGGCCCGCUGAAAUACCCUAUUCUACCCGCUGGUACUGCACGUUUCUCUUUUCAGACGCUUUCUCGUUUGUUGAAUCAGAUGGAUUGGCAAGGGCAGAAGCUAGCAGAGCAGCUGAUGCAGAUUCUGCUGGGGUCUUUUGCUUUGUUGGCGUUUGCAAUUGGUUAUGGAUUGGGCUCAUUUCAGACAAUGUUGCUAAUUUAUGCAUCUGGAGUAGUUAUUACUGCUUUAAUCACCAUCCCCAAUUGGCCUUUCUUCAAUCGCCACCCUCUCAAGUGGCUUGAUCCCAGCGAAGCCGAGAAGCAUCCAAAGCCCCUGACAGCUACUUCCAGUUCCAAGAGAAAGACCUCUAAGAAGUAGGUUGUCUUUCACCGAUCAUAGUUCACAAUACGCAAUACUGCGUAUUGUUAGGUUUUUGGUGAAUUUGAAUGUUCUGUCAUUCUUCUACAUGGACCUAUAACCUUUCUCUAAAUAUUAUGAUUUUAACAGUAACUAAUGUGUUUAACUUUGAUAUUUGCCUUGACCACGUUAAGUCAGUUUGUACAUAUUUUUAUUUUCUCAGUUUUCUGGGUCUUUUACUUGUUAUGAGAGACCUGAAUUGUUAAAGUGGUGAAGGUAAUUAAUCUUUA